AUGACAUUCGCUGUUGAAACGAUGGAUAGCCGACGUCGAUACGCCACGAUGAACGGUACAAAGCAGAACCCACCACCGCCGUCAUCCACUCAGUACCGCCAACCGCUUGGUCCGAAGAACAGCUUGGACUAUUGGCAAAAGGCGAAAGAUCAGCAGGGUGUGACAUAUUACUGGAAUCCGUCGGCUAAUCCUUUUUACGGUAUGGACACUAUCUAUGCACAGCAAAAACCCCGUACACCACAACGACCUGCCCCGUUCCCGUUGUCGAUCCCACCACCACCACAACCGGCACAGAUCAAACCACGGAAUGUCCCAACGACUAUCUCGUCGUCGAUUCCCAUCUAUCAUAAUGUGCCCACGACCAGUCCAGUGACGACAACCACUGCAGCACCUAUGACCGUAGCGUCACAGGCAUUACUUCGACUCAAGGAAGAUCCAGGAAGACCUAUCGGUGUCGGUAUCGUUAAUGGGCAUCUGAAUCAGCAGCGUACUGAAGUCGGUUAUGGACCAAAACGAGCGCAACCACUUAUCUGGUCAGUGCAAACGGAUCCUCUUCGUGAGCUACGGCCUAUUGCGACCAGAAGCUAUCCAUCAGUCAGUCCUGCUUGUGGAGAAAAGCGGCCAGCUCGACAAAAACCGCGAUGGGGUCGAUUAGUUCAGAGUCUGUGCUGUUGUGUAGCACCACAAGCCGAAAUCGGUAUGUUAUGA